CACAUAAACACAUUAAUAUAUUAUACUAUAUAACAUAGUGGUAUGUAGAUAGACAUACAUAUGUGUAAGUUCAUUUUCUUUGAUAUAAAAGAAGAGGAGAAGAACAAAAAAGAAAAAUAGCACAAACAAAAAACUUCUCAUAGCUAAAAUCACUUGAAGACAAUGAAGCUAAUUAGAGUCACCUUCUUGUUUUGUGCAUUGGCCUUUUUAUUCCUUAUAACUCCAACAUGUUCUCUACAACUCCAUGCUCGCUUCUCAUCUCCUAGCCAAGGUGUAAGCGAAAAGAUUGUUAUUGGAAUGGCGCCACCACGGAAACUUAUGAUCAUCUCCAGUGAACAUGAAAAUGUGAUGAAGUCAGGGGCUCAGGAAAGUUCAAGCGAACAACCUCGAGUCACUUCUUCUUCUGGAAAAUCUAAGAAUGAAGAGAAGAGAUUAGGUGAAGAAGAAGAGGAGAAAGCUCUAUCGAAAUAUCUAUCGAUGGAUUAUCCAAGGUUUAGAAGAAGGCGGCCAGUUCACAACAAGUCUCUACGUCCAUGAUUUUUUUUAGUUCAAUACAACUAUUAAUUUAAGCAGAUUAAUCAAUUAAUUAAGAUAAGUUAGGAUGGCUAAGUGGUUGGUAUAAGAAGUUUUGGCGAUAUUAUUGUAAUUAACGGAAUGUGUUCGUGUUAAUUCUUUUUAUAUUAUGGUAAUGGCCGACAAGAAUUAAGCAAAA